CCAAGACAGACCUUCAGCCCCACGAAUAGCGGACCAAUUGAUGACACACUAAGAAAAGAAAUACUCUAGACCAAAAGGAAGCGUUGCAUGCGAAAUAAAGACCGUGGAUGCGCCUCUCAGCUGGCUUGGCGCUCGGGGAAGGCGUCAAUGGACGAGAGCUUUGGACCUGAUGCCCCUCAAACGGCGUCGAAUAAGAGAUGGCUUAUAUGUAAUGAGCACAUAAAAGCCUUGGGGUCGCCAAAAGAAGAGGCCGUCGGACUCAGCAGCUCCAGUUCUUCGUUCAUCGAAUUCCAUUACCUUCGUAUUACAUUAGUCAAUAGAUCAAUUCAUCCCCAUCCUUAUAUCAGUUUCAAUCUCAGCUAUCAUGUUCCUCAAACACCUCUUUCUAGCCCUCACCGGCGCUCUGUCGCUUGCCACCACCCCAGUCUCCGCCCAACGCCCUAGCUCCACCCCCAUCUGCGACUACUACGCCGAAACCAUCCUCGGCGCCAACACAGAGGCAAACCAGCGCCUCCUCAUGGUCCUCCUGCUUCACACCACCGUGCUCGGGAACUACACGACUCCGAACACCGGCAUCGCCGUGCACGGCAUCGCCACACCAGGCAACUUCCACGGGCAGGACGUGAACCUCAUCAAAUACUUCACGGGCGAGCUCGAUUCAACAAAUGAUGGAACGACGCCGCAUGGUGUUCCGGUUCUGCUUCUGGACGGCGGAGGAGCAGCCCCGCUGUUGAAGAACGUGAGCUCGUAUAACACGAGCUCGAUCCAGUACCACCUCUUCGACCACAUAGAACAGUACUUCGCCACCCUCCUCGGCUGCUCCAAGCAAGGCGGCGCCGCUCUCCCGGCCUACCAAGGCCGCGCCUCUAUGUACGAAGUGCACAAAUUCAUGGACCUCUCCGCGGCGGAACUCGGCUGGUUCAACCUGCAGGCUACCCUCGCUAUCGCCUCGCUCGGUUUCUCAAAGGCAGAUGUGGCGAUUGUGAAUGAUACGCUUUACAAUGUCUUCAGCAAGCGGUGCUCGCCGGCCGUCACGCUGGUUCCGAUGAAUGCGGGGCCGCAGCUGCAGUCGUGCUGUGUCAAUGAGGAUUGUCCGUUGGAUGCGAAUGCGACAUGUGCGGCGUAUCCGAAUAAGGGGGUUGGGGUUCCGCCGGAGGCGGCGAAUGCGACGAAUGCGAGUGCGAGCGGCACGGAGAGUCCGACCGGGACCGCGGCGGUUGCUACGUCGACAGGGGCUGGUGUGCCUGCGAUGGCUGUGGAGGCUUGGGGAACGGUUGGGGCUGUUUUGGGGGCGGUGAUGUUGGCGGUGGCGUUGUAGGAGUGCGAGACCUGGUGGGUAUGGUGGAGAAGUACGAUCUGUGCGUAAACAGGAAGCAAGUGUAUAGUAUCAGUGAUGGAGACAUUGUCACGGCGGUUUCGUUCGAGAAU